GCAGUAUUUGAUUGCCCUGAAAGACGAGCGCAGAGGGAAGGCCAAGUCAGAAGUUCUUGAGGAAGAGGGGUUGUAUAAGAGUCACGAGUUUUACAAUGCCCUGACGGAAGAUGAUGUUCCAGAUGAAGCAGAGAACAUGAAGCCGAAAGAUUUGACAGUGGAACUCUUCAGAUUGUCUGAUGCCUCGGGAAAUCUGACAUUUAAAGUAGAGAAGAGUGGGUCAGUAUCCACGUCUGAUUUGGAUAGCAAGGAUGUGUUUGUUGUCGACACCAAGAAAGCUGUCUUCGUCUGGAUUGGAUUGGAAACCUCUGUAGCUGAAAGAAAGAAUGCAAUGACUUAUGCCCAUAAAUAUCUACAGAAAACUGACCAUCCACUUCUGAGCGUCACAUGCUUGUCUGAGGGAAAACAUGACAGACAGAUCAGGAUGGCUCUCAGCGCCUAGUUACCCGAGGACAAAGGCCAAGGCUUAUCUAAUCCAUUGAUUAAUAUUUGACACCGAGAGAUGACAGUUUCUGAUU